UGGUACUUGUGCCAAAACCCUUUUGGAUUUGAGAGAGAGAGAGGGACGGAGCCGCGGCAAUGGAGAAACUCUCCAUCUCGAUACUUCUAACGAUCUCCCUGCUCCCCUUUCUCUGCUCCUCAUUCUCACCGGAAUCCCCAACCGAUCGCCGCAUUCUUGUCUUGCUCGACGACUUCUCUUUCAAAUCCUCCCACUCCAUUUUCUUCAACUCACUUAAGUCUCGUGGAUUCGACCUCGAUUUCAAGCUCGCCGACGAUCCCAAGCUCGCACUUCAGAGAUAUGGGCAGUACUUGUACGAUGGGUUGGUUCUCUUCUCUCCUUCGGUUGAGAGAUUUGGAGGUGCAUUGGAUUUAGCAGCUGUGCUUGACUUCGUUGACUCGGGCCAUGACUUGAUUGUAGCCGCUGAUGCUUCUGCGUCUGAUUUGAUUAAGAGCAUCGCCACCGAAUGUGGAGUUGAUUUUGAUGAGGAUCCGUCGGCUAUGGUCAUCGAUCACAAAAAAUAUGCGGUCUCGGAGAUCGAGGGUGAUCACACGUUGAUUGCUGCAGAUGAUUUGAUUCAAUCUGAUGUUAUACUGGGAAAGACUAAAAUUGAGGCUCCUGUACUUUUUAAAGGUAUUGCACAUUCUAUAAAUGUGGCCAAUGGCCUGGCCUUGAAAGUCCUUUCAGCUUCUCCUUCAGCAUAUUCAGCUAAUCCUAAUUCUAAGCUGUCAAGUCCUCCAUCACUCACCGGAUCUGCUAUCUCAUUAGUUUCAGUAAUGCAGGCUAGAAACAAUGCUCGAAUUAUGAUUACUGGCUCUUUGGAUAUAUUUAGUAACCGAUUUUUCACAUCAAGUGUGCAGAAUGCUGAGAGCAAAAUAAAAUAUGACAAAUCUGGUAACGAGCAGUUUGUGACUGAACUUAGCAAAUGGAUCUUCCAUGAAAGAGGUCAUCUAAAGGCUGUUAAUGUUAGGCACCACAAAGUUGGGGAAGCUGAUGAACCUGCAAUGUAUAGGAUCAAAGAUGAUCUGGACUUUUCUGUUGAGAUAUAUGAAUGGUCUGGAAAGAGCUGGGAACCAUAUGUGGCCGAUGAUGUUCAGGUUCAGUUCUACAUGAUGAGCCCUUAUGUGUUGAAAACCCUCUCGACUGACCAGAAGGGUCUCUAUCAUGCAUCAUUCAAGGUGCCUGAUGUCUAUGGGGUUUUCCAGUUUAAGGUCGAGUAUCAGAGGCUUGGAUACACUAGUUUGUCUCUAUCCAAGCAGAUUCCUGUUCGGCCCUUCAGACACAAUGAAUAUGAAAGAUUUAUAACCACUGCCUUUCCCUAUUAUGGAGCUUCUUUUGCUACGAUGGCUGGCUUCUUUAUCUUCAGUUUUGUCUACCUGUACAACAAGUGAAGUCCUGCUAUCAUAAAGAGGAUUGAAUUGCUUUGACAUGAUUAGGAUUUCUUUCAAGCCUUUACGAGAAAAAAAUUUUUUUUUUUUUUGAGGGCUGCUUUUGCGAAAUUUGCACCUCAAAUUUGUUACUUAGCACAGAAUCAGUGGAUAAUAUUAUCGCACUUAAGCAUCAUCCAGCAUCAAUUUCAGUUUUCUCCAA